AUAGGUAAUAGGUUGUGGCAAAGUGGGCAAAAUAACUGGAACUGUCAACAUAACACAAAAUAUUUGUAAUGAAAUCUCAUUUGAUUUCGGUUAAUUUAUAUUAAUCAUGAACUUACGUUAAUUUUAAAAGUAACAGUAUAAAAUUCUGUAGUAUAAUGUCGAUUAAUUCGAUUUUUUCAACCAAACAUUUGGUUCGAUUUUUAAAAAAAAACGCAGAAAUCAUAGUAGAAAAGCGUUUUUCUCAAUGUUCUCAGCAAUUUGAUGUGAUAGUCGUAGGCGGAGGCCAUGCUGGAACAGAAGCGUGUUCAGCCGCCGCCAGAAUGGGUGCUAGUACGUUGUUAGUAACCCACACAAAAUCGUCAGUCGGUGAAAUGUCGUGUAAUCCAUCAUUCGGUGGAAUAGGUAAAGGACACUUGAUGAGAGAAAUAGAUUCUCUUGAUGGAUUGUGUGCCAAGAUCUGCGAUUUAUCGGGCAUACAUUACAAAGUUCUCAACCGUAAGAAAGGACCAGCCGUUUGGGGUCUAAGAGCUCAAAUUGAUAGGAAACUUUACAAACGCAACCUGCAACAUGAGCUCUUCGAGAACACUCCUAAUUUAAAGAUCCUUGAAGGUUCUGUUGAGGAUAUUGUACUUGAUGAACAAAAUAAUUGUAGUGGAAUAUUGCUAGAAAAUGGUACAUUGCUAAAAACUAGAUGUGUCGUUUUAACUACCGGAACAUUUUUAAAUGGUGAAAUGUAUAGUGGAACGACUGUAAAGCCAGGUGGUCGGAUCAAUUCUAGACCUUCGACUGGACUAGCUAACACAUUAAAAAAAUUAGGAUUUAAAACUGGUAGAAUGAAAACUGGUACCCCUCCUCGUAUCGAAAGACAGUCUAUAAACUUCACCAAUUUGAAUUUUGAACCCGGUGACAGUACACCAAUACCGUUUUCAUUUAUGAACGAUUCGGUUUGGAUUGAUCCUAAAAAUCAAAUAAAAACAUUUAUAACAUAUACUAACAGUAAAGUUCAUCAAAUUGUGAUUGAUAAUUUAAGUACAAACAGACACAUCAAAGAAGAAGUAAAAGGUCCACGUUAUUGUCCAUCACUAGAAUCAAAAUCACUUAAAUUUCGAGAUAGAAGUCAUCAAAUAUGGCUGGAAAUAGAAGGAUUCGAUAGCAACAUUGUUUACCCAAAUGGCUUGUCGUGUACUUUACCCGAAGAGUUACAAGUUAAAAUGAUUAGAAGCAUAGAGGGAUUGGAAAAUGCAAAUAUUGUUCAAUUUGGCUACGGUGUAGAAUAUGAUUAUGUCGACCCUCGUGAACUGUACCCUACGUUAGAAACAAAGAAACUGUCCGGUUUGUUUUUUGCUGGACAAAUUAACGGCACAACUGGUUACGAAGAAGCAGCCGCUCAAGGUAUUUUGGCUGGAAUUAAUGCCGCUGCCAAAGCCAUAAAAAAGCCCCCUUUUACGCUAAGUAGAACUGAGGCAUACAUUGGUGUACUCGUAGACGACUUGACAACCUUGGGCACCGAUGAACCGUACCGUAUGUUUACCGGACGGGCAGAAUUCCGUUUGUACUUGAGGCCAGAUAACGCGGAUAUUAGACUUACUCAAAAAGGCUAUAAUGUAGGUUGUGUAAGCGAAAAACGUUUCAAACAAACUAUGAAAAUACUUUCUGAUAUUGAAGAAGCUAUCGAAUUGUUAAAGUCCAUUUCAAUGACUAUGUAUAAAUGGAAAACGUUAUUGGGAUUGAAGACUUCUAGAAAUCCUGAAACAAAAACUGCACUCGAAAUUUUGGGUUUGGUUACUGAAGGUAUUACAUUAGAGCAAUUAGAAAAAAUACUUCCACAUGAAUUAAAUGGAAAAUUCAAUUGUUCGAAAUUGAAAACACGUUUGAAAAUUGAAGCCAUAUACCAUUUGUCUGUGCGUAAUCAACAGAAUGAAAUAGAACGUAUGGAACUUGAUCAAGCUUUACUUUUGCCAUCAGAUAUUGAUUAUUCAGAAAAAUCACUUAGUUUAUCAAAAGAAGAAAUAGAAAAGCUUACAUAUAUUCAACCACAAACUCUAGGAGCCGCUAGUCGAAUACCCGGCAUAAAAUCUAGCACAGUUUUGAGACUGCUUCAUUUUAUAAAAGGUCAAGAGAAUUAUAAAUACGUUAAUUAAAUAUAGAAUUGUGAUAGCUAAUUGCUUGUUUGUGUAUACAUCAACAUUAAAUAUAAGUUG